AUGAGAAAAUUUUCCUUCGAUAUCAUAUGCAAAUUCUCAUUUGGAAUGGACCUUGAGUACUUCAUUCCUUCUCUUUCGGAGUCUAAACUGGCAAACGAUGUCAGCCUCACAUCCAAGCUAUCAGUACAACGAGCAAUGUCGUCGUCGCCGCUCAUAUGGAAAUUGAAGCGAUUACUGAAUAUUUGUUCUGAGAAGAAGGUGAAGGAAGCGAUCGGAGUGGUGGACAAUGUGACCAUGGAAAUGAUAAGGCAGAGGAGGAGGGAGAUGGUGACGACAAUGGGUCUUAACAAAUCAGAUUUGCUGUCUAGAUUCAUGGGAUCUAUCGAAGACGACAAAUGUUAUUAUUUGGCUAAAACGGUUAUCCUCAUCUUUCAGACUAUGAAGGACAGACUGGAAAGGUCUUCGAGGUCUCCACCCUCCGUUUUGCUUAUCGCCGACGUAUAUCGCACCCCUGCUAAGAAGUUCGCCGACUUCUACUAG